GAAAGUAUGGUCUGGAGAAACACUGAACGGUGUCCUAGUCUCGAGAGUAAUGGAUUGCACAGAAUAGCCCGUUGCACGAGGAAGAAUCCUGACUUAAGUUGAGAUCAACAAGAGCCACACCGCGUCUCCAGAAGUCCACUGCGCUGACAAAUGUCAUGGAACGCUGAAGCUUGGAUUAGAAAUCGCAUUGAGAGCAAGACGACAGGGAGAUUCACUGCAAUCGACUGAUCUCAUGUUGGGCGACGAUGUUCGGGUGCUUGACGGGGGAUUAGGGCUGGCGCUGGAUCGCCGAAAGGGGUAAAAAGAGGGCUUAUAUACAACACCGCAAGCAUGAGAUGGGAUCCACCAUUGCUUAGCUACCACUCUGAUGAUUACUAAGGCGAUUGUUAAAGUGAUUAUGAAUUAAUUCCUGUCUCUUGCUUCCUUGUUCUCAGCAGCAAGAGAGACCAAAACGCCCCGAUGAGUGCUGACUAAGAACCCCCCGAGGAUCGGGCUGUUUCCCUUAGCCCUAAGUUGUGUCUGGUGAUGGCCACUCCACGAUGUCAAGUCACUCUCGACUUCCAUUUUAUUCCAUUGAUAGAACUCUGUCAGCAUGAUCAUAGGCGCGGAAGCCCUUCUCUCUGUCAAAUUCUACUCCCACUCUCUUGGUCACUUGAGAGCAGGUAGUGCUCCGAGGCUUGACGACUGACCAGCUAUCAUGCUUGACACUCUCCUGAACCUGGAAGAUGCGUAUUCUUCGCGCGAGGAGAUGCCCUUCUGGGCCACCAAGUUAUUGACGCCAACCUUCAUGGCCGUCGCCAUCCUCACCACCAUUCCUUCCCCAGGCCCCAUGCGGGUCACCGUCGGAAUGACAGCCUUUACCAGUCUAUGGCUGUACGUGCUCACCCACUGGGUAUCCGGUCCAGCUUUCUUCAUGGAUGCGAUCUUCAUGAUCUCCAUCACGGUGCGGUGGAUGCUCAUGUUCCUGACUGGAACUCCCGAAAUCGACUACUACCAGAACAGCAAGACCGCGACGAAGCUCGGCAGCACCAGCGCAGACGGAGGAACCCUACACGGCUCGGCGUUCCUGAAUAAAGUCAAAUGGAGCGUGGAAUUGUGGUCAUGUUGGCGCGGCCAGGGUUGGAAUUUCGCUGACCAGCAUCUCCGACGAGGCGCGGAGCAGACUCAGUCCCGGUGGGAAUUCCUGGUUGCAAACGCAGGGAGAAUCCUUCUGAACCAGUACAUCUCCGAUGUGGUGCGGAAGUACGCAUUCUGCGCGUUCUGGCCGGCAAAAGUGGCAAGUGUGGAUUUCCGCGCAUUGCCCAUACUUCACCAGCAUCUGCUCGUUGGGGCUCAAUUGGUUCGAGACAGCCUCAUGCUAGACAGCGAAUAUCGUAAGGCUUCCCUGCUCUUCGUCGGGCUGUAUCUGUCCACGCCGGAUCGCUGGCCCGGCCUCUUCGGCAGCCCGGCCGACCUAUUCACUGUUCGGAAUUUCUGGGGGAGAGUCUGGCAUCAGAUGUUCCGGCACAUGUUUACACGGUCUGGCGAGGUGGUGGCCAGAGCCCUCGGUUCGGAAAAAGGGACUCUGGUCGAUAAGUAUACGAAGCUGUACGUGGGAUUCUUGGUAUCCGGAGUCCAACAUUACGCGUGUCCGCUGUUAAUUCCAUCUUUGCGCUAUGGCUGGGGAAUGUUUUGGCAGAUGCCACCGUACGCGGCCAUCAUUACCCUGGAAGAUCGGAUCAAGCACUAUGGCAGGAAAGCUGGGAUGCAAGAUAACGGUGGGUUUUCUCGCGGUUGCAUCUCUUUUGAUUAUUUUCGACCAUAUUUGCUAAGUGGCUUCCGCAAAAGGAUUUGUCAGAGGUCUAGGGUAUAUCUGGACGGCGUACUGGAUGACCUUGAUUUACGCCCUACCUGUUGGAUAUAUGUCGGACAUUGGGGGGUUUUCGGGUGUGUGCGCAGCCUAGAUCCUUUGCCAAUGGCACGCAAGCAUCGAUAGCUAUAAGCUAGGGGAGUUUCACGCGAGUUUCCACAUUCUCUAGGAGAUGUAAGUAGAGUUGCCGAGUUUAAACAAUGUUAUAUAUUGUCGUGUGACUUAGCUCUCCUGGGGUCUGGAAACCAAUAUCGAGCAAUCAAGGUGCA